CACCCUGCUCCCACGGCUAACAAUCAGGGCCUUUUUGCAGACCUGAAGCGGUCUAGUCUGGUCUUCACUUGGGAAAAUAUCUCUGGCUUUGAUAUGUGCACAAGAGUCAAGCCAAUGUGAGCUCAGCCAUCGUCCAGUUCUGUCGUUUUGACUUGGCAACUGUUAUACGGCUGUCCCUGCACCGCUCAGAUCGACCUCUCCAUCCAGUCACGUUAGUGUUCAGAGAGAGUCCUGUCUGCACACCAUCAGUCAGUUUUCUCCUGUGUUGGUGUAUUCUGAUGGAUCAGUAUGUCUACCACUAAUAAUAUCGCCCAGGCCAGGAAACUGGUGGAACAGCUGAGGAUUGAGGCAGGGAUUGAACGCAUUAAGGUGUCUAAAGCAGCAGCAGACCUAAUGAGUUACUGUGAGCAGCACGCUCGUAGCGACCCUCUGCUGGUUGGGGUUCCCACCUCCGAAAACCCUUUUAAGGACAAGAAACCCUGCAUCAUCCUAUAGCUGUGCUCCACUGCUCCUGCCCUCACGCACACAUACAUAUGAACGCACAUUCACAUACACUCAUGCACAUACAGACAGACACUCACACAUAAAUGUACACAUUCAGUACUUAUAUUGAUCCCCAGAUUUCCCCAGACACACACAUGCAAACACACAACUUCAAGCAACCCUGUCCAGUCUUACAGGGCUAUAUCUAGUACACACAUACACACACACACACACACACACACACACACACACACACACAGAAACACACAUAAACACACAUAAAAAUACACACAUAGAAACACACACUCCCAAAAUAGCCACUCUGGAAAAGCGCCAUACCCCAGAGCCACAGCUAGGGGGCAGGUAUCAUGUUCUCACAGUGGCCGAGAUCAGUAUAUCACUGAGUAUGAUCCAAGGUGCUUUGGUAAUAUUCAUAUAUGCUGGUUAAUUAACUACAAGUGUCAGCUUAACUUGAAAAGGGAUUUGGAUGUUAAUAAUCAGUAGGAAACUGGGAUUUUUUUUCCUUCUUUUGUCAUGAAAUGAGGGGCUGGGUAAAGGGUGGACAGCUGUGCCAUAGGCAGGGAGUGGGAGGAUGCAUGUGGACAACAGAAAUAGGCAGUAGGUGGUUCUGCCAGCCGUGCCAAACACGACCUGGUGUCCCAUUAAAAGCUCAAAAAAUGCUUCUUUUUUUUGAGGGAGUUAAAAAGGUCUGAGAGCUUUGUCCUUAAACCUGCCUGUGCUAAAUCAUGGCAGGGCCUGUUGGAGCAAGUGGCUAAAGCCUUUGCCUUUAUCGGGCUAUAGCAUGUUCCCACCCAAACCCGUAUCAGCAGACCUUCUCUGCCUGUGGCCUCUCUAUGGCCGUCUGCAGCCUUUGGCCAAACCUCCAGCUGUGCCAACCUGUACAGAAAGUCGUCUCUAGAUGCUGAUCUGCUGUCACUGAUUCCACAGCAGUUUACUGUGGCUGCUGUUGGCCGGUAAUCGAUGUCUAACCUGACCUCAGAUCUGCACCUAUGAGGGGAACACCGCUCUACACAGAACUCAAGCUAUUAACCCCGGACGUUUACUGCAUUUUUCUUAAGAAAUACUUGUUUGUGAACUCAAUGUACGUUUUGAUAUUUUGUUGAAGCAUUACUUAACAGAUAAGAUAAUACUGUACAAUUUUUUUGAUUGUUUUGCUUUGACAUAGGUGUUGCCCCUGGCUGACAGGAGAUCUGAUUGUAAGCCAAGGGUGACACCUAACCAGAUACCUGCUAGAAUCUUAAACAAAGGUUUCUACUGUACAUCAAGCCUCCCUGUGCUUUAUCCUGAGAGAGGGCGAGGUCGCAGACUGACCACACCCGAGAAUCAGUCUGCAAGGACUGUAGGGCUGGAGGAGAAAGUCCAAACUUAAAAACUAAAAAAUGAAACCGUCCCAAAAAGUAAAAGAAAAAGAAGCUUUCUAUUCCCUGCCUUCUUCGCUUAUGUUUUUUUAUAAGGUUAAAGGAAGGAAAAGAAGAGAUAGUUUGCAUUUGAUGGUGCAGAGAUGGAGGUGUUUUAGGGGUUUUAUUUGCCUCUGCAGUAGAGAAGGAGAUCUUGUUUUAAUGCAUAAUAAUUAUGGCUAUAAAUCAGAUAUUGCCUGGCUGUACCAGUCUUUAAAGUUUCCAGUCUCCCUAGUGUGACUGCUUCUUUUAAUGUGAGUUCAAAUUGGUCAGGGACUGGAUCUGGAAGAGCCGGUGGUCCCCUCUCAGCUUCUUCUUUCCUUCUCUCCUCCACAGCGGUCCUUCUCUCUGAAAAACCAAACUUGAUUGUAAAAACUGAAGAUAAAGUGAAAAAAAAUGAAGUUAAGAGAAACAAACUAAGUGUAUAAACUUUCUUUCAGACGUGCAGAAGUGAUAAGUUGAAGAGUAGCUGUUUUGGGUUUAUUUUUCAGUUUUAUUCUUUCUAUGGAGUCCAUGGAACCUGGUCAGUUGAGUAUUACCCUGUACAGUGUUUGUAAGAUACAAAAUCUAAACACAGAAUCCCCCUCUGUGGAUGUUGGAUUUUUUUAGUACUACUUAUUCUGUUUUGUCAGUCAGGAUCAUGUCUGUCUCCCUUUUUUUUUUUUUUUUUGUCAUUCAGGUUUUUGAGGCUUGCGAUAGCGGAGGUUGGUUUUAACCACAGAUACAAAUACAACCACCUGAUGAGGAAUAAAAUAAUGUAAGGUAGAAACGCAAGCCCUGUUAGGUUUAGGAUUAUAUCCUGCUAGAGGAUGAAUCAACAUCGGACCUCAUUCCAGUGGCGAAAACCAACCUCCUGAUCUAUCCUUUAACACCAGAGCAGUCCUCACAUUUUAAGUUUUUCUCAAGUGUUGGUUUUGGUGGGCAACAGACAACAUGGACAACACACACAUGCACACAACACACACCUACACUCUCUCUUGCAGUUGCUUUUGAGGCUUGAGGGAUGACUCUGAGAGGUCAAAAGUCGAAGGAGCCAUCAGGGCUUGGCAUUGAGAGCUGGUUUUGACGGUUAAUUGCUGAAAGAAGAGAGCUUUGUGCCAUCAUAUUUACAUUUUAGCAUUUAGCCGAGGCUUUUGUCAGGAGUUACAUACAGUGACAGAGCAGGGUGGGGUCUCUUGAACAGGACUUACCGCUGCUGAUGGACUGUCAUGGGGGUUGAGCGCACUGCUUUUCUGUUCCCUAAUCACUAGGUCAAUAUGACCCACCUGUUACACACUGACUUUUGGGAGUCAGGCGUUUUUUUGGAGGUGGUGAGAGGUUGUUUGUGUGUUGAUGGUUCCACACCUACUCAUCUUUGAGUGGGUGUGCUAAAGGCCACGGGGGACACCCUGCAAAAAAUGUACCACCUUAAAAAAUUAUUCUGUGUCAUAUUCAGUCCUAAUGUGUUACUGUUCUCCAUAUUUUCAGAAUCUUUUUGACAGAAUGAAAAUAUCUUAAUCGUAAUAAGGCAUCUCUUUGACAGAUUUCUGAGCUUGUCUUUAGAGGAAUAGUUCAAUGUUUUGGUAAAUACACUUAUUCUCUCUCUUGCUGAGAGUGAGAGAAGAUUGAUACCACUCUUAUGUCUGCAGGGCAAAUAUGAAGAUAUCACCAAUAGUCAGUAAGCUUAGCUCAGCAUAAAGACCUGAAACAUGGGGAAAUAGAUUACCAGGCUAUGUCUACAGGUAACAAAAUCCACCGUCCAACACCUCUAUAGUUCGCUUAUCUAUAUGUAAUGUUUAAUUUAUUGAAAUAGUAAAAAUGACAGUUUGCCUUUUUGAACUUUAGAGGUGCUAACAGGCUGAUUUUGUCACCUUUAAACACAACCAGGCUAGCUGUUUCCCCCUGUUUCCAGUCUUUAUGCUAAGCUAAGCUAACAAGCUGCUGGCUGUACCUUUAUUUUUAAUGUACAGGCAUAAAAGUGGUAUCAGUUAUCUCAUCUAACCCUCAGCAAGAAAUAUAUAUAU